AUGGAGCUCAAAACUACCACCAGGUGCACUGGGAUAGCCUAUUCUUGGAGAAAAUUUGAAGUUAGCCGCAUCAGGCCAGAGAAGUUUAUUCAGGAGAGAUCUGCAUCACUAAUCAAGCCUUUACAAUUUCUGUCUCCUGGAGAAAAUUCCUUGAAGGAAUUCACUGCAAAAAAUCGUAGUUCUAUUGAAGAAAUUCUGAAGCCUCAAGCUCUAAAACAUUAUAUUCCAAUCACGGAUUCUAUGGCUCGUGAUCAGCUCGAGACUAAUUGGGCUCCUUUUAAAGAGGUGAAGGUUUAUCCUUUGUCCAAGAAGUAUACAUUUUCAUUGGCCUGUAGAUUGUUUUUGGGCGUUGAAGAUCAUAAAGUUGUUAAAACAUUGUCUAAUUCCUUCAAUGUUGCUUUAUCUGGGAUGUAUUCUAUCCCAAUUGAUUUGCCUGGGACGGCUUAUAAUAAAGCUUUGAAAGGAGGCAAUUUAGUAAAGGAUGAGAUUUUAAAGAUCUUGAAGAAGAGGAAAACAGAGCUCUUAGAUAAUAGGAAUAUUGCUGCUGAAGGUUUAGACAUGUUAUCUCGUUUGCUGCUUCAAAGUGAUGAAAAUGGUAGUUUCUCUAAGGAAUAA